GUGUGUGUGUGUGUGUGUGUGUGUGUGUGUGUGUGUGUGUGGAUCAUGCCACCUGGGCAUCACUAUAUAAGACUCAGAACAUCAGGCUGGGACUGUGAAAUCGCACUGGGAGCCAGGAAGGAGAAACCAGCAAGACAAAAUCAUUGAGUAUAUUUCUCCGUGACGACCCAACAAAAAUCAAGGUAAGAUGAUGGUAAAGAUCUACGCCUUCAUUGGACUUUUACUUCUCAUCUUGAUCCAGAGCAGCCUGCAGAUUCCCAUACAAGACACGGAAGAAAACGCCAGCUUUAUGUCUGAGGAGGACGCACUAUUUAAUGACCCAAGAGAAGUAAACAACAUGAAGAGACAUUCAGAAGGCACCUUCUCAAACGAUUACAGUAAAUACCUGGAGACCAGGAGAGCACAAGACUUCGUUCAGUGGUUAAUGAACUCCAAAAGGAGCGGAGUUCCCACACGACGCCACGCAGACGGCACAUACACCAGUGAUGUCAGCUCCUACCUGCAGGACCAGGCGGCAAAAGAGUUUGUGUCCUGGCUGAAAACAGGGAGAGGGCGACGCGAGUGAGGAUUCUCCAGAACGAGAUAAAAACUACCCUGCAUAACUGUGAUAUUCAACGAUACUCUGUUUUAUAAUGACUAGUGCUGUCAGUUUCAUCGAAUCAUGCAAAUAAAUCUUUCUUCAAAUGAA